CCCAGCUCUCCAUGCUCGGUUUUCCCGCGCGUUUUAGUUCUUUCUCAGCCGUAUGAGCUGAUGGCGAGCUGAUGAGGGCAGGGGCCCCACUUCCAGGGGCCCCAGUUCGAUGCCUCUGGUGGGCCUCACCGUUGAACCCCUGAGCGUGGAGGUCUCAGUGCCGGAGAGUUGUACCGUGGGGCAAUGGAAGCAGUUGGUGGGGGAUGGAUUGCUGGGAGACAAGAUCUUGUACAGUUCACGGCUCCAGUGCUAUUGCUUCGACAAGACCAACGUGCUGGGUGAUGAGGAAGCGAUCCCCACCCUUCCACAAAGGAUCUAUGUCCGGGGGCCCAAUAGUGUGGUGAAGAUGGUGGAGUUAGCGCUGAACAAGGAGAACGGCAGGCACACGAAGCUGACCCAUCCGCCCUACGCCAAAGACUCGGGCCGGCCGCCCGACAGGCCGAACCCGACACAGUUGCCGGUGGCGCCGAUGCGGCGGCAGCCGCAGACGCCGCAGACGCCGUCCGUGGAGGGAGGGAUGACCAUGGCGCAGCGGGUGAUGACCAGCGCAGCGAUGUGGCCCAAGGACUCCAACUCGCUUUUGUCGGUCUACAGUGCUGGCUUGCAAGGCAUGAGACCUUACAUGGAGGACCGGGCCUGCGGGUACCUCGAGCUUCCUGGUUUCCCAAGCGCCAGCUUCUUUGGAGUCUUCGAUGGGCAUGGCGGCCAUCAGGUCGCCCAGCUCGCAGCAGAGAGGAUGCCAAGGAUCCUUGCUGAGAAGCUGAAGGAGGGGACCGAGGCCACUGAGGCUCUCAAGGAGACCUUCCAAGCGAUGGACACCGAGCUGUGCCUCAAGGGCGUCUUCCAACGGAUGGGCACCACCGCGGUCUGCACGCUGAUCCUGCGCGAGAGCGACCAAUGGCGACUCCUUUGCGCCAACUGCGGGGAUUCCCGAGCCGUGCUCUGCCGGAAUCGUAAGGCGCUGGCGCUCUCGAAGGACCACAAGCCUCACGACCCAGAGGAGCGCAGUCGGAUCGAAAGGGCUGGAGGACGAGUGGAGCUUCAAGGCCCGUGCUGGCGCAUCGAUGGCGGUUUGAAUUUGUCUCGGGCCUUGGGAGACUUCCUCUACAAGGUGAAACGCGACUUGCCCGAGGAUCAGCAGAAGGUCAUUUCCGUUCCAGAGGUGGAAGAGGUGCUUUUGACCGAUGUGGACCGCUUCUUAGUCAUGGCCAGCGAUGGGGUCUUCGAGAUUUUUAGCUCCGAUGAGCUCAUCGAAGAGCUGCAGAAGGAGAGGAGGCGUGGCUUAUCCUCUUGGCCUGCUGCCAUUGAUAAUGUUUUGAAGAAAUCAUGGAGUAGCGGUGACAACGUCACCAUUUGUUUGGUGGAGUUUCUGACCCUCCGGAACCUCGGACUGCCCGUCCACACCGCCAGCACAGCACCGUGAGGGCGGCGAGCGAGCAGACAUGCGGGGGUGAGGGUUGGCAUGGGCGUGGAUGUUGGUUGCUUCGGAGCACUUGCUUGGC